CUUUGUGAUAAAUCACCCUUUAUGGGGGAUUUAUAGGUUGCCGUUAAUGUCUGUAUUAAUUAUAAAUCAACAAUUUACUAACAUAUCAGUUAUAAGCUAAUAAAAAAAAUAUUUUGAGGUUGUGAAGAAAAAAAUGCUAAAUUAAUAAAUGCUAAAUACGUUGUUAUAAAUACAUUUAUUACAGAUUUCAUUCAGCCCUUUUGCAGAAACAGAGUUAAACAUUGAUUUGCAAUAAUUUUAUACUGAACCUACAUGCCAAUAUACAAUAUAAUACAUUAUUUUAAUGUUUAUGUUGUUCCUGCUUGUUGAUUUUAGUAUUUUCUAUUCGUUCAUAUUGUUUUGUUGUGGUGGUUUUGAGAAGUACUAUGCAAAUCAGUAUUUUUCACAACCUUCUUAAUGGCCUAGAUCUGAUUAGUUUAGCAGUUGUUGGUAAAUUAUUGAGCAUUAAUAAAUCCAUUAUAUAACUCCUUAACUCUUUAUAAAUGGGGUUUUUAAAGAGAGUCACCGUGUGUCCUAAUAUCUGUUUCUGUAUGUGUUAUUAAAAUCAUUUAUAUGAAAUAAAAAUACAUGUUUUGUAAAGCAGCUGCUCAGAACAGAAGCUUUCUCAGCACAGUAAACCACUGUUUAAUCUUAUUGCAUGUAUUACAUCAGUGGUGGACGGCCUCCUGAUAUUUAAACGACAGGAGUAUAAUUGAAAACAUUUGACCGAGCGCCACCACCCUCCGCCCCAGUCGGUUUGACUGGGGACAGCCGAACAUUACCGGGAACUGUCGAAACGGGAAACGAAAACUCCCGUUUAUUGUGUGUACUUCCUGCUCCAAUUAUAAUACCGUCGAUAUGCCUCCAUGAAACACACCGCUCUGCCUCCUCUACACUUGCGUCCGAACGACAAAUGGGAGCGCAGAAAUAACGGAUGUAGCCUUUCUGUCAUAUCAUUUAUGUAUCCAGACAUCCGCAGCAGCCCGUGUAGCCCGAUUGUGACCGAUUUCGGACGUGCCAACGACGCAACUCCUGCUUGGGGAUUAAAUCUUCUUUUGUCUGCAACAUUUGUGUGUGUGUGUGUGUGUGUGUGUGUGAUCAGGGAUUGGGAAGUAAACACGCCGGCCUGCGCUCAUGAUUAGAGGCGAGGUGAGAUUGAUACAUCAGACUCAGAUUGUCCUUGAUCGCCAAGUUGAUUUCACUUCGGAGCAGAGGGACUGUGGGCUCCAAUGGCGUCAGUUUCGAAGGUGUCUAUUCUGGAUUACUUUAAUAUUGUGUUUGAAGGUGAAAAUGGCAAAAUCGAGUCCAACUGCAAGGCUUGUGGCACCAGGAUCCAGGCGAAACGGAGUGUCACGUCCAACUUCGUAACGCAUCUCAAGCGGAAGCACCAGGCCAUGUAUGAUGACUUUGUAAAAAGAAAGGAUAUGAAGAGAGAAGGUUACUCCUCUGCUUCCCUGCAUAGUUACACCACCAAUGGAGGGAAUACCCGAUACACUCUCCCCAUCAGUACCGGAGGAGGAGGAGGAGGUGGUGGUGGUAGUGGUGGUGGAGGAGGUGCUGGUGGUGUUGGAGGAAUGGGAACUCACGAGGGAGGAGUAGGAGGAGGCUCUGGUGGGGGGUUGACCAAGUUUGACAGACAUGACCCACGUCAGGUUCUCAUAUCUGAGGCUAUAGCUAAGAUGAUUGUGCGUGAUCUGCAGCCAGUGUCCAUAGUGGAAAAUCAAGGCUUCAGAGAGCUCCUUCAACUCCUGGAGCCACGUUACACCCCUGAGGGCCAACACUACAUCAAGACCCAGCUCCUCCCAGCCUACGCCUAUCAGGCCCAGCUAGCAACCCGUCAAGCCCUGGCCUCAACGCAGGCCCUCAGUCUCAGCCUGGAUCUCUGGAGGGGUUUAACUGGAUCCACAUCAGGGUACCUCGGUGUCACCUGCCAUUUUCUUACAUCUGAUUGGCAGAUGCGUUCAGCUCUCCUGGCGUGUCUGCCUCUGCUUCGGGGCAGCUCUGGGAAUCGCGUGCUGUCAGAUUUCGAUGAAGUGUGUCACUCUCAUGGCGUGUCAGGCAGAGCGUUUCGUGUUGUCGCAGAUCCUCUCCUGGCAACAGCAACUGUAAAGCCAUGUAGUCUUCCUGGUUUCCUGAUUUCACCCCCUCUCACCAGCGGGCAAAACGAAGAUGGCGAAGAAGAGGCGGACAAUGGUAACAAUGUGGAGGAAGGAAUCAGGAAUGGCCAUGGUGACGGUGGAGAGGAGGACGAAUGGGAGGAUUCAUGGGAGCAGGGUCUGGGUGUUUGUCGGGUGGACUGUUUCUCUCGCUCUCUUGAACAGUGUGUCACUGAGGGGUUACGCUCCUGUCCACAGAUCUCCUCCACACUGGCCAAGGCUGCUUGUUUCUACAACUACAUUACCUCUGCUGUCCCACCUGAGAAACUUACUCAGGUGUUUGAUGCUCCUGGUUUGAUCAUGGGGGGACCAGGAAAUAACCCCGCUGCAGCAAGAGACUGGGCUGCUCAGCUUAAGGUGCUUCGGCGGCUCCUGGACUCGGUGGAGUUCCUGGAGGAGAUGAGUGGACCAGGGGAGCUUGCACUUAGUGGAUCAGAGAGAGCUCUGCUGAGGGAGCUCACUGACACUUUGGAGCCCUUCACUGAGGCCUGGGACAUGGUGCAUGGGGACAGACAGACAGACAUGCAGACAGACAGACAUGUGUCCAUCAGCCUGGCUCUGCCGUGUGUUCUGGGCCUUCGUAAGCAUCUCUCUGAGACGUCAACCCCCCACUGCCCCUCUCUACUUGUGGGCCUCAGCCAUGCUUUAGAGAGUCGACUGGCCCCUAUCCUGGAGGACCCCCUCUACAUCACUGCCACCACCUUGGAUCCCCAGUUCAAGCUCACUUGGAGCAGCAACCCUGAGUGGCACAGACACGUUCUAGUAGAGGAGUUGUCCAAACAUUCCACAGCCUCCAGCCCCAUAGACCCCAACACAGACCUACAUCCCCAAUCCCAGACCCCUCCUGCCCCAGCUCCAUCACCGGUCUCCUCACUUUCUCGGCCGUGUAAGCUUUUCUCUUUCAUCAAGCAGAGACCCACAACACAGGCCAAGAGUCUAGAGCAGGAGUUGGCCAUCUACCUACGAGAGGAACCCACAGACGAGGAAGCUUUGCAUUACUGGCGACGGAAAGAAAUUGACUUUCCUCUGCUCGCCCAGGUGGCUAAGAGAGCUUUUACCAUACCUGCUUGUGGCACUGUAGUGGAGAGCAUUUUCACGACUGCUGGGCGUUGUCUGCGGCCAGAGAGAGGCCGUGUCUUACCAAAGAACCUGGAGACGCUCAUCUACCUCAAAGCUAACUACAGAUUAUUAUGGACUUAAAGCUAUAGUCAAGCAUUUCUUUUACCUAAAUAGCAACUGAAGGCUUUUUACCUGCUGUAAAGAUACUUAUUGGACACUCGUCUCUGUUCCUCUCUAACGGAACUGAGCUAGAAACAUAACAGUCCUCAUACUACACAUCAUUUGACAUGAAAUUAGAAUGAGUACCCAAAAUAUCAGAGCUGAGCCUCAGUCUCCAUUCUUAAUAGGGAUUUUCCAGACUGCAGUAGAUGUGGAUUGCUAUCUGUUUACCAUGUAGCCUGCACAUGGACUAUCAUACUACAUGCUGUGGACCGAGGGGACUAAAAGCAGAUCAAUACUAAAGCAUUUACUUUGACAUUAUUUUGCCUGAUCAGGGUUUCCAAACAACCAUAAGACCGCAAAGACCCCACUCUCUACCCCCCAGCCCCUAAAGACAGCUUGUGUCUGUACCAGCCAACAUACCAACAAUAACUGAACGGUCAGUUAUUGCACACUGUAGCACACUGUUUAUUUUCACUGAUAUACAGUAACACUAGAGGUUGUGACUAAUUCAUUUGAUGUUUUUGAAAGAAGGCAUCAGCUGCUAAACAAUACGUCAGUGCAUCAUCCACUUAUUUUUUCUUCUCUGUAUGUAUGCCUCAUCACUGGGACAUCAUAAUAAAGGAGUUUCACUUCCUAAUGCAGAG